AUGGCGAGACAAUGCCCUACGAUGCCAUCAUUAACACCCGUUGCAGUUCUGUUAGCGCUGGUAGCCGUAUGCAGUGGUCUUCAUUGCUGGCGAUGUGGACAAUACAGUGAUGGUGUAGGCUCCAUAACUCCGUGUAACAAUAGAAGUGCUACCCGCUUAGAAAUGUGCCCGCCCAACGCUAAAUAUUGUAUUAAAUAUGUCAGCGAAUUGACAGUGGUUCGAGAUUGUGUGGAGACGUGCAGCGAGAAGGAAUGGUGGGGUGCCCGCACGUUCUGCUGUGAAUCGGACGAGUGUAAUGGAGCCUUCUCAACAAAUCCAACAUUCGCUUUAAUCAUGAUCACUGUUGCAGCGUUUUUCCUUCACUGACUGUUUCCUUUGUUUGUAUAAGAACUGUAUAAUGCGGUUUAUUUAUCUUAACCUCCUUUGGUCUUACUCAAUUAAGACUUUAUCUUUUUCACGAAUUGUUUAAGUACAGAUUACAUUAACAACUGAAUUUUUCCCUGCACAAUGAAUAUUGGAAUAAUA